GCGCGGAGAGCACUGAGCCCCACGUGCUGCACAGAUUAGAAGCGGGGUUACUCCAGUCCUUCUUCUGAGAGAGAGAGAUAGAGAGAGAGAAAGAGAGAAAGAAAGAGACGGGCAUGGUAUAGAGACACGCCUGCAGCACGCGCGCAGCAUCAUGUUUCAGCGUUGAUCCCGAGGCUCGAGACAGUUUUGGGGAGCUAGAAGAUCACACCUUUACCUUUCAUUUGGAUGCAAUGUCCUGUCUGAACCCCCGGGGCAGACAGCUCGAGCGCUUUGAUGGGCUUUCUCUCAUCUACUGGACACUAAUGGGUCCUUACGGAGUCGACCGUGCCGUACAUUCUAUGGAAUUUACAGACUGCGAGAAUGGAUUAGGUAUAAAAGUGAUUGGUGGAGUGAAAGAAUUAACAGGAGAGGAGUUUGGAGUGUAUGUGAAGAGGAUUUUACCCGGUGGCCUUGCUUCCAGUGAUGGACACUUACAGCCAGGAGACCAGAUACUUGAGGUUAAUGGAGAAAGCUUGAUUGGUGUCACGAGUGAGAAAGCGGUGGACAUCCUCCGAGCGGCAUCGUCCACUAAUCACAUGCGACUCCUGAUAGCGAGGGAUGAAGAUGCUAGGAGAGAAUUUGCAGAACUUCUUGAAAAGUACGGAUCAAACGGCAGCACAGGAUCUACAAGGAACUCCCCCAUUCAGCAUGCAGGCAAAUAUCUGGACAGCACAUCCUCAGGAUCCUCGUCCAGAUCCCAGAGUCCACUGCUGCUGAGUCCAGCUGGGUCACAAAGCACCUACAAUAACACCGGACAGUUACUGCGGUCACUCAGUCACCCAGGUGAGGGUGUGAUUCAGCUGAUCUCUGUCGCUCGCUGCUCCAGUCUGGGUAUCAGUAUUGGGGGUGGCACCAACAAACCGGAUGGUCCUGCAGUGUUUAUUCAGGAGGUGUUAUCAGGAGGGGACUGCCACAGGGACGGACGGCUGAGGCCUGGAGAUCAGCUCAUCGCCAUCAACAAAGAGUCUCUGAUCGGAGUGACGUACGAAGAGGCUAAAAGCACCAUCAACAAAGUUAAAUUCAGUCAGGAUCCAGUGGUGGAGAUUGCCUUUAUUCCAGGAAAAGGUCCUUUCCCCUCCAGUGCGUCCUUACACAACGGGGUUCAGAGAGCUGUGGGGAAUGGGUACAGCUCCGGCAGGUUAAAAGUUCAUGUACGAUCUCCAGAGAUUCGAGCAGAAGAAACAGCGCCUUCAUCGUCUCCUGACGUCUGUCCACCCGACAUCCAUGUCUCAGCCUCCAGCACACAGAGAAGCUCCACAGUCCCUAAACCCAAGAUCUCUCUGGACCCCCACAUUCGCCUUCGAUCAGAGAAACUUGACCUGGCGCUGUCCUACCUGGGGCUGGACGUGACAGAGGAAAAGGGGAGGCAGCUCAGAGAGAGUCUCUCUACGGACCCCCAGGGGACAGUGUCAUAUGGAGAUUUUGUGGAGGCGACGCGCAGUGUGUACCACGAUAAGCUGGAGGAGGCGGGGCUAGCACAGGGGCCCUUCAUGUUUUCCUAUCAUGAAGCAGCAAGUCUGAUGGACACCUCUGCCUUCCACUCACCCACCUACGAGUCAGAGUGCAGUUCCAGCAGUGAAGAGUUGGAGCAGUUUCAGUCAGAGAUGAAGCAGCUUCAGCUGCAGAUGAAGCAGCUCAAGGGUUUGUUGAAGGACACUGAGAGCAGUAAGAAGAAUCUGGAGGAGGAGCUUCAGAAGACUUCUGAGAAGGCCACGGCGACGGUGGAGGAGAACAAGUCUCUGAAGAAUCGGCUGCAGGUGGCCGAGGCCGUGCAGAGACAGACCAACAGUGCGGAGCAGGACUACGAGGAGGUCAUCCAGCUUCUGGAGGCUGAAAUAAAGGACCUAAAGGACCAACUCGCUGGCAGAAAACGCAGGAGCAUGGAGGUCACUAAGGAGGAAAUGAUGGAGCUGAACAAGAGACUCUCUAUCAUCGACAGUCAGCUCAGACGCUCUGAAGUAUCCAGGAAACAUCUGGAAAUUUCUAAUAAGAAGCUGCUGGGCUUUGCUCAGAAUGUCCACAAAGUUCUCACCACCACCAGUUUAUUAGGCUCAGAAAACGGGAGCGUCAGAUCAUCCCCCGCGACAGAGAGCCCGGACACGCCCUCCCCCGUCCCAGACCCCGCACAUCAACUGGCCGCUGAGGCCAAAGAGCUGGUGGAGGGAGUCUGCUCACUUUGUGUGCAAGACCAUACUGCAGUGCCGCAGGUCUCUGAGGGGUCCGGUAUGACUGGUCCAGUUUUGGAGUGUGCAGUAGAGGUAAAUCACUGGCCUCCUGGAGUUCCUGCCAAAGAAAAGCGCUGUCUGUAGAGAACCAGCCAGAACCUGGACAGAGAAACAUCUGCUACUGUGAAAAUCUCCAUCAGAGAGAGACUGAAGCUCUCAGACUGCUUUCUCUCCCUCACAGACAGACUGUGGAAGUGCAGCGUUAGUAAAGGCGUGAGAGCGAGGAGUGCUUUACUGAUUAAACCACUCGUUAGUGUGUUUUUAAUAAAAACAUUGUAUAUUAAUGUAUUUAACUUACAGUCUUACAUGAUCAGUGUACAGAAGCAAAGUCAGAAUGCUGAAAGGCCACUUUACCAAAACAGACUGGAAGAUUAGGCAUGCUUCCAUUUAGAACUCCACCAGUCAUAAAGGUAUUCUCUAAAUGAAAUGAGGUCCAUAUUUGUGUCUGCACAGUGAAGAAGCCUCAUUUUAUAUAUAUGUUUUAACUGGACAUUUUAAAUUUUAAUGUAUUUAUUUAUUGGGUGUUGGCAGUACUUUCUACCUCUACAGGGACUAGACAAGCUGCAUGUUUGUGUGUGCAUUUACACAUAUAUGUCAGCAAUGUGUGCAACUUUAAGUCGCUGAAUACAUUCAUUAGAUGGGGUAUCUACAAACAUUUAGGCCCGGUCCCAUUUCACCCCUUUGCCCUACGUCUUUCCCCUACCACUUCUUUUUGAGUGUAGCCCAUCCCCUUAGAACAGAGUUACAAGGGAAAGGGGUGAAAUCCUCCUCCUAAGAAGUGGGACAAACAACCCUUCAAGCACACGAUACGUCAUCAAAAUGACAGAACAUGUGACUUAAAUUAUUCUGAUCUGAAAUAAACCAAUUUCUUACAGUUAUUAGGGUGAAUAAUCCAAAAAACUGAAUUUGCUGAAGUUGUUGGGCAAGACAGGAAAGAUUAUUCUUAUUAAAAAUAGAAUGCAUACACAGGAGGUAAUGUGUUACAAGAAACCACUAAAAUGUGCAGUAUGUGGAUCGUCAGUGACAGACUUGGGAACCACCGGUAUCUCACAAUGACAUUUGUCAAUGAACAAUAAACAAAUAAAUAAUAAUAAUUAAAUAACUAACACUGCUUUAUUACCAGGCUACUGGCGCUGGUCUGUAGGCAACACUGUCGGGCUGAUGUGAUAAAACCAGUGGAGCGAUAAAUUUUAGUAAGCUAGCUGCUGGUUAACUAGUUGACUUUAGGGCAUCGUAUAUCUUCAGAAAGGGGUAGAUGGGAGGUGGUGCAGAAAUAAUUUUAUUAUCCUCUAUCCUUUUUCUUCCUCUGUGAUAAAGAGCUGACAUUUUGGGGAGCUUUUAUUUUUGUUUUUCCUUUUAAAGUACUAUUUAGACUACUAGCGACCAUGUUUUUCUCUUUAUGAAGAAUUUGCCAUAAAACAAUGAAACUACACAUUAAACUAUGGUACUAUAGCGCUAAUCAUCACUUUUAACAAGGAAAAUACUUACAUUUGUGGGUUUCUUUUGGUCGCUUGUUCUGUCAUCUUGUCAGUGAUUCUCAUACCCCCCCUUUGAAGAUGUGCCUCUAAAAAAAUCUCUGUUUGAAGGGCUAGCAAGCCUCCUUCCCCUCCAGCUUAACAAGAAUCAGGGGGUAGGGCCAAGGGGUGAAAUGGGCUUGAGCAUUACAGUGUCCUCCAUAUGAUUUUAAAGCAUUUCUAUUGGCCUAUACAUCAUGAAAUGUUAAUACAAUAUAAAAUAAUAACAGCCAGAUUCACAUUAUGCCAAAGGUUUAAAAUGUGUGACAGCGACAAUUUAAAUAUAUAUAUAUAUAUAUAUAUAUAUAUAUAUAUAUAUAUAUAUAUAUAUAUAUAUAUAUAUAUAUAUAUAUAUAGGAAAAAAGGAAAUUAAGUGAAAUAAUAAAGCAGAAAGCAGCACAACGAUGGGCCUGGGAUGGUUUUGUGUAACAGGAGCGUUCUGACUUUGCUUCAGUCUAGCUGAUUUUAAACUCUGUGUACAGUAUCAGUCCUCUGAACUCAUGUGAACUCAUGUGGUGGAGCGUCCUGCAGGCUAAGCAGAGCGGAAGAGCGGUCGCUUAUGUUCUGUUAGCUGAGUGCUAGUCUACACUUUAAGUCUCAUCAUUUGAUAUGAUGCAUAUAUCUAAGAAUUCUGAGAAGUGCUCUAAUGUUUUGGAGAUUUUAUAUUUUGAAUCUUUUAUUAUAACGCAGAGGGCGUGGCUUGCUUUUGAGUCUGAAUGCCGUCGCUGUUUUAGUCUUCUCCUCUUUACCUCUAUUAUCAUCUCAUACACUAAUACUCCUGCUGGCUACAUCUCCUACUGUCAGAGGGGCAAAUCCAGGUCCAGAAAAAAACACAGUAAAAAUCACCACCACUAUUUUGUUACAGCAGUAUUGGGACACCUUCUCAUUUGUUAUUUAAUCCCAUAACAAGGGUUUCAAAAAGAGUUUGUCCUGCUUUUAUUGCAGGGAAGGCUUUCUAAUACAUUUUGGAGCAUUGCUGUGAGGAUUUGAUUGCUUUCAGCGAAAAGCUAAGCAUUAACGAGGUCAGGAUGUUGCAUAAUCACCACCCCAACUCUUCCCAACAGCAGUGCUGGAUGUAGCUCCAGCAAACAGUGCAAUGUUCAGCCGGACAUGCUGUCGGCCCGUCUCACCUGGUGUGUUGGGAGAAUGUGUGUGUGUUUAACAUUGCAGUUACGUGUGCGAUUGAUCUUGUUUAUAUUAAUAAUUGCACUCGCUCUAAUUAUACUGAUAAUAAUGUAGUUCUGUAAUGUAACUAGAUCGCAUCAUAUGUGUGGCCUAAAUAUCUUUUUUUUUUGUUUAAUUUCAUUGUUUUUAUUAAAGGAAAGAGAAGAA